AUGAAUAGCUUAAUAAGAAACACUUCUAGGUGUCUGAGGCUAGGAGCGGCUUGCUCUCUACCCCGACAAGCCGAAGGACGCGUGUGGGUCGCCUCUACCCGGCGUUUCUGCGCUGCGUCGGACCUCCAAAAAGACCUUGGCGACAUGGUGAAGAAGGACAAGGUGGUGGUUUUUAUGAAAGGGACACCGGCUCAGCCCAUGUGUGGUUUUAGUAACGCCGUGGUCCAGAUUCUACGAAUGCACGGGGUGGACGAUUACGCAGCGUACAACGUCUUGGCGGACGAGGCGCUCAGAGAAGGAGUGAAGGUGUUCUCCAACUGGCCGACGAUCCCUCAGGUGUACUUCAACGGAGAGUUUGUGGGCGGCUGCGACAUCCUCCUCCAGAUGCACCAGAAUGGGGAUCUUGUGGAGGAGUUAAAGAAGCUGGGUGUCCAGUCUGCACUACUGGACGAUGAGAAAGACUCCAAGUAG